ACCCAACAAUCCAAUCCCUCAAACCCUACACAACGUAAGCUCUCUCCCUCAAUUGCAUCAACAAGUACUAAAACAAAGAGAAAAAUAAGAUGCGACAUAAGCGACGCCCUCCUCAAGCUCUCCCACCCAAACACCGGCUUCCUCCCAAACCUAACGAUGUGGUCUCCCAGACGCCAAAAGGGACCCACUAAGAUCGUGGGGCCGGCCUACACUGUCCAAUACGUGCCGUUGGACGAUCCAGCUCCGAAGUAUGAGGGUCAUUAUAUUGACACUGUCCCUGAGGGGGCAGUAAUCUUCGUCUCCUCGCCACGUAGCACGUCGAAUGCCGUUUAUGGGGGGCUGAUGUCUACGAGGGCGAAGGCGAGGGGCGCCGUGGGGGUUGUGGUUGAUGGCAGGUUUCGGGAUUUGGGUGAACAGAGAGGGUUGGGGUUUCCGGUCUUCGCGCGAGACGUAGGCACCGCACCACCCUACGGAAGUGUCAAAGUGAGUGCCGUGGACGUCCCCGUCACGGUCCAGGACGAGGCAGCGGGCAAAGAACUAGUGGUGAGUCCCGGUGAUUACAUCGUUGCGGACUUGAAUGGCGUGGUUUGUUUGCCGAGGGAGUUGGCGGAGAAGGUGCUACCACUUAUGGAGAGGCAGGUUGCUGCCGAUGAGAAGAUCUCGGCGGAUAUUAAGGAGGGGGUGAGUUUUGUUGAGGCGAGUAGGAAGCAUCGGGGAUAG